ACGAUCCGAGCCUCAUUCCACCAAUAUCAGCGAGCCCGCGUGUGCGGACGCUGCGCUCGCGACCCGGUCAACACGUGAAAAAAAAAACCGUCGUUCCAUUUUCAAAAGUGUUCGAAAACUUUUCGUGUUCCGUUGUGCGUAUGUUUGUGUGAUUUGUUUAUUGUAAAGCGGCAACAUGGGAACUUUUAAAACGCUUAGGCGUGGUAUCCUGCUGCUAGUAUUAUCAUCAUGUGCGCUGGCGCAGAGCAAGUCAGAUGAUUUACAGGCAGUACCCAGCGACCUCAGAAGAGCGGUCAGCGAGGCGCUCGCUCUUGAGAGACGGUUCCUACAGGGGGCUAGAGAUGAAAACUGCUCAUCAGCGGAAGACUCCGUCAGCAACACGCCGUGUCCGCCGAGCAAGUACCGCAGUGCCUCGGGCGAGUGCAACAACGUGCGCCACCGACCGUGGGGCAGGCGCGGCGACGUGUUCUUACGACUACUGCCUGCGAACUACGCCGACGAUGUCUCCAAGCCAAUGGAGCCGCCGCGGCUACCAGAGCCGGCGCUGGCGGUGCAGGCAGCGGCCCAGCUGACGCAGCCAGCCGACCAUGACUACGUGACCAGCAUGCUGGCCGCGUGGGGCCAGCUGCUGAUGGACGAUCUCAUCGCCACCGCCAACGGGAACAAGGACUGCCAUGGGGCUCACUGUGAAUACGUCCGAUCUGCGCCGACUAGAAACAUCGAUUCUUGUGGAUUUGAGUCUCGUGACCAGAUGAACAUGGCCACGGCCUUCCUGGAUGGCUCAGCUCUAUACGGCAGCUCUGAGAAGGAACUGCGGUCUUUACGAUUAUACGACGUCGGCAAGCUUGAUCUCGCUUCUUGCAGGAAAUGCAACGAACCCACCCCUACCGCACCCCUCUACAAGACCCUAGUGGCUGAACACAACCGCGUGGCCGGACAGCUGUAUGCCAUGAACCCCUUCUGGGACGACACCACGCUAUUCCUAGAGACGCGACGUGUUAUGGCUGCUGUCAUACAACAUAUUACGUUCAAUGAGUUCCUGCCCGUGCUUCUUGGAGAGGUGGGUAUGGCUAAGGCUGAACUGAAGCUGACUUCCCUUGGUUUCUGGCGAGGAUACUCCAGUGCCAACCGCGCUGGCGCCUACUCCGAGCUGGUGGCCGUCGCUCCUGUCUUCGAGGCCAUGAUGAACGAGAAACUGAGCAACGCCACCAUCACCGUCAAAGACCUAGCCGACACUAGCGCCAACCGCGUCUCUCGCUUCACAUCUUCAGCUACCUGGGACCUGAACAGGUCUCGUGACCAUGGAGUGUCCUCGUACCUUCGCGCCCUCAGGCUGUGCGAACCCACUGCUGGAGUCAAGUCUUAUGCGGACUUUGACAAGUUGGGCUUCGAUCGCGAGCAACAGGAGAUGCUAGCGAGCAUGUAUAGAAACCCAGAAGAUGUGGAGCUGAUGAUCGGUGGUUCCUUGGAGAAGGCAGCGUCCGGAGCAGUCAUCGGAUCCACCAUGGCCUGUGUUCUGGCUCUCCAGUUCGCUAACCUUAAGAAGAGUGACAGAUUUUGGUAUGAAAACGAUAUCCCUCCCUCUUCGCUGCUGCCGGAACAACUGGCAGCCAUCAGAAAAGUAUCUCUGUCUGGACUACUCUGUUCCGUCGAUGAUUCGUUGAACGAAAUACAACCCAAGGCGUUCGUCAAAAAGGAUCCUUUCCUAAACGCAGCCCAAGACUGCUCGCAGCACGGCCGCAUGGAACUCGAAGCGUGGCGUGACGAAAGUGGCGCCAAGGCCGCUGAGCGACUGUCUCAGGACAUGCUGGCUGCUGCUCUGGAAAAAGCCAAGCAGGAGAUGGCCGAUAGGAAGAAGCUGGAGUACAUGAUGUGGGAAGCACGUGGUGGGGCCGACCCUCACUCUCCCGUCGGCACCGCUGCCUCGUUCUCCAAAGCCAACAAGUAUGCUCUGAAGCUGGCCAACACUUCGCUUUUCUUCGAAUUCGCCACCAACGAACUACUUAACUCCAUCAAUGGACCAGGGCACCGCCGCAAGCGCCAAGUUUUCGACGAUUCCCUCGGCUUCCCGACCUCCACCGACUUCGCUGACGCUCUCCAAUCCGUGGACGUGAGCGGCAUUCUCGGGCAGGACCAGCUCGGCCCGGUCAUUGAACCCGAGUGUGAUGACAACAGCCAGUGUAAUGCGGAUAGCCCCUUCAGAACGUAUACUGGACACUGCAAUAAUCUCAGGAAUCCGAAUUUGGGGAAGAGUCUGACCACGUUCGCGAGAUUGCUGCCUCCUGUUUAUGAAGAUGGUGUCAGUCGUCCCCGCAUAAACUCAGUAACCGGUACUCCGCUAGUGUCACCACGUAUUGUCUCAACAGUGAUCCAUCCUGACAUCUCCAACUUGCACACUCGAUACACUCUGAUGGUGAUGCAGUUCGCUCAGUUCGUCGAUCACGAGCUAACCAUGACCCCUAUUCACAAAGGUUUCCACGAGUCCAUCCCCGACUGCCGCUCCUGCGACUCGCCGCGCACAGUUCACCCCGAAUGCAACCCCUUCCCCGUGCCACGCGGGGACCACUACUACCCUGAGGUCAACGUGACCUCUGGAGAGAGACUGUGCUUCCCAUUCAUGAGGAGCUUGCCAGGACAACAGCAACUUGGACCCAGAGAGCAAGUGAACCAGAACACGGCCUUCAUCGACGCCUCGGUCAUCUACGGCGAGAACCCGUGUAUCGUCCGCAAGCUGCGCGGGUUCAACGGUCGCCUGAACGCCACCACACACCCGCACAUCACGCGCGACCUGCUGCCGCGGUCUGACAGCCAUCCCGAGUGCAAGGCCGCCAGCGGCUUCUGCUUCAUCGCUGGCGACGGCCGAGCAUCCGAGCAGCCAGGCCUCACCGCCAUACACACGAUGUGGCUCCGCGAACACAACCGCAUCGCCGAGGGCCUGAAAGGAGUCAACCCCCACUGGGACGCGGAGCUCAUCUUCGAGCACACCAGACGUAUUAUCACUGCGGAGCUCUCGCACAUCAUCUUCAACGAGUUCCUGCCGAGGCUGUUGUCGUGGAACGCUGUCAAUCUUUAUGGAUUGAAGCUGCUGCCUGCUGGAUACUACAAGGAAUACUCACCCACUUGCAAUCCCGCUAUCGUGACGGAGUUUGCCGCGGCGGCGUUCAGGUUCGGCCACUCGCUGCUGAGACCACACCUUCCCCGUUUGUCGCCAACGUACCAGCCUGUUGAACCCCCGAUCUUGCUGCGUGAUGGCUUCUUCAGGACUGACAUGUUCAUGAGCAACGCACAGAUGACCGACGAGCUUAUGCGAGGUCUCGCCUCAACCCCCAUGGAAACCCUCGACCAGUUCAUCACCGGAGAAGUGACCAACCAUCUGUUCGAGGACCGUCGCAUUCCCUUCUCGGGUAUCGAUCUGGUGGCCCUGAACGUCCAGAGAGCGAGAGACCACGGCAUACCCAGCUAUAACAACUACAGAACGCUUUGCAACUUGAAGAGAGCAGCUACCUUUGAGGACUUGUCGAGGGAGAUUCCUGACGAAGUAAUUGCUAGACUUAAGAGGAUAUACCCAACUGUGGAUGACAUUGACCUGUUUCCUGGAGGCAUGAGCGAGCGGCCACUGCAAGGAGGCUUGGUAGGACCUACCUUCGCCUGCAUAAUCGCCAUCCAGUUCAGGCAGCUGAGGAAGUGUGACAGAUUCUGGUAUGAGAACGACAACAACGCGGCCCGCUUCACCGAACAGCAGCUCUCGGAGAUCCGUAAAGUCACGCUCUCGAAGGUUCUCUGCGAGAACUUCGACCAGAACAGCGACAUCCAGAGGGCUGCCUUCGACCUGCCUAGCAAUUUCUUGAACCCUCGCGUGCCUUGCGGGUCUCUGCCGAAGGUAGACCUGUCUGCUUGGAGAGAGAGUGCAGCGCAGGGCUGUCUCAUCGCGGGCCGUAACGUACCUGUUGGCGACUCUGCCUUCCCGUCGCCUUGCACGUCCUGCAUUUGUACUUCUGAAGGGGCCCAAUGCGCGUCCCUUCGCAUCACGGACUGCGCGCAACUCCUGCGCGAGUGGCCGCGCGAAGCUGUCGCGCGCGACGACGUGUGCGCGGCGCAGUGCGGCGCCGCCGCGCCCGGGCCCGGGCCCGCGCGCGCGCCGCGCCGCCCGCCGCUCAACUUCAAGUUCCCGGAUCUAUCGCCGUUUGUUGCUAAGUGAGGAGUCUGGAGGGGA